AUGGCGCAACAACAACAACCCCAACUCAAAGGAUAUACAUCCUACAAACACUUCAAUGUGACCUCCGCCGGGCCUGCCUUCGUCGUCCACGUGGAGAUCAACCGUCCUGCCAAACUUAACGCCUUUUCCGAGGCCAUGUGGCUGGAGUUGGGCCAGAUCUUCCGGCAGCUGUCGUCGGACCCGGACGUGCGGGCCGUGGUGCUCUCGGGCGCCGGCGACCGGGGUUUCACGGCGGGUUUGGACAUCCACGCGGCCAGCUCGAACAACCAGCUGCAGUCGAGCGGCGCCCUCGACGUCGGGCGCAAGGCGGCCCAGUUGAGAAGAUACAUUACUGAAUUUCAGGAUAGCAUUUCGGCUAUUGAACUGUGCGAGAAACCCGUCAUCGUCGUCCUCCACGCCAUCUCCCUCGGCCUCGCCAUCGACAUCGCCUGCGCCGCCGACAUCCGGCUCUGCACGCGUGACGUUCGGCUGGCCGUUAAGGAGGUCGACAUCGGCCUGGCCGCCGACAUUGGCACGCUGAGCCGGCUGCCCAAGGCCGUCGGCAACUUCUCGUGGGUGAAGGAGGUAUGCAUGUCGGCAAGAGAGUUUGGCGCGACCGAGGCGCAACAGGUCGGCUUUGUCAGCCAAGUUCUCGACAGCAAGGUGGCUGCCCUGGAUCAGGCGGUCAAGCUGGCGGGCUUGAUUGCUGGGAAGAGCCCGAUUGCUGUGCAGGGAACUAAGGAGUUGUUGAACCACGCAAGGGACCAUUCAGUUUCUGAAAGCUUACGGUAUACCACCGUUUGGAACUCGGCUGCUUUGCAAUCAAGAGAUAUGAUGGACGCGUUAUCGGCUAGUGUGCAGAAGAAGAAGCCCGUCUUUUCGAAGCUUUAAAGAGGAUCAAGUAGUCCAUCGCGGCUGGUAACUGUUACGCAGUGUUGAAGGUGUAUAAAUAAAUGCAUGUAAUUCAGGGAGGGUUCGGCGACUUCAAGUCACUACGUAUGCAUCUCCUAUCUACUAGGCAACUCCUAGUCACUAUCUGCCAGCGGUUCCUCGGGCCUGUAUGUUUCCUUCAGGCGCUGUUGUAGGUAGGAUGGUGUCAGCAAGAGGAAGGUGAUAUAAUCAGACAUGAUAUUUAGCUCACAAUGCGGGCCAAACGGUCACACUGGACAUAGCAAAGGGGAAGCAAAUGACUUACGUCCUCGAGUUUCUGCUUGAGCAGUUGCACCAUGUUUUCCUUAACAACCAGAGUCUGCUCAUCAAGAUCUUCGAUGAUGAUAUCGUUGUUAACACU